AUGAUUCUGAUUGGCGAGCGUAGUCCUUUAGAGGGGAGCUUGGGGCCAGAAACUACCAGUGGCAAGGUUUGCAUAUGUGGUUUGACUGUUAUCAAGGAAUAUCAGAAUAAUUCAGAAGCCAAUAAAACAACUUUCCCAUUAGGAUGGUUCCACACCAGCAAUAUCGGUUAUCUUGACAAGGACGGUUAUCUUUUCUUGAUCGGUAGAAUCAAGGAGUCCAUUCACAUUGGAGGGGAGAAAAUAUCACCAUCGGAGGUAGAUGCAGUGUUGUUAUCUCUCUUGGCGGUUGUCCAAGCCAUGGCUUUUGGAAUUCUCGAUGAACAAUACGACGAAGAGAUGAAUGUCACUAUGGUUCUUCAAGAAAACAUGAUGGUUUUAUUAAUGAAGAUCAUAUAA